GGGUUUUGAUUAUUGGGAUUCCUGAAUAACUCGGACAGAAGAUAAUUUUAUCUCAAGAAGUCUUAUUCAGAUGGAUACAUUUCAUACACAAAUUACAAGGUUUCUUAAAUAAAUUCUAGAAGUAGGCCAUAUUAUAAAUACGUAUGUAAAUAUAUAUUUUUUUUAAAUGUGAAAAUUACAGUAACGAUAUAGAGAAAUGAAGUGGGCGAAAUACAAGGGUUAGAGAGGCAGGCUGAAGAGAUAGGACAUUUUGUUUUGAAAGUUAUAUUUUAAACUUAUCUACCCUGAAAAAUCAAACACCGAUAUACUGGAAUAAUUACUAUCAAGUUAUUGGCACUGCAACACGAACUGAAUUCUACAAAAUCAGCGUCAGAAAUGUAUUCACCAGCUAUACUCAUAAUUCUUGACCUAAACUAGGAAUUUCGAGUUUUGGUGGAAUCUUAACAAUUUAGGCAGAGACAUGAUGGCUAGAAAGAAAGCAGGAAGAAAACCAAGGACUGUAGCCGAGCAGAUAUCGUACCUGAACCCCACCCAGGUGUCUGCCCACCCGUGGCAAGCCAUAGUGGCCACUUCACACACUGACGACUUCAGCCAGAAGGGAGUUACACAAAGUGCAGUGAGGACGGCGUCGUACAGUGGUGAUUUUCAAACGGAAGACGGUGCGUUUGAAGACCUAGAUUACAUGUUACCCGAACAGGUUCGCCAGGUUUUGGCAAAAGAAGGUUUAGCGAAAGUGUCUUUGGAUUCAGUUUUAAGAGACAGAGAGAAGCUGCAUAAACGAGCUAAAUAUAUCAGUAGAGAAGUCACGCUUGGAGAAAUUGAAAGGAGACACCCAAAGCCUCAGCCUCACGUUAAACCUACACCCCGGACAACGUUUCCAUCAAUCAAAGCUAAGCAGACCUCCUCAGAUGUAGAAGAGCACGCCACAACACACGAGCCAAAGACCGAGGAACACCCAGCACAAUCUCGACAAUGGGCGAAGGUCAAAUCUCAGCGCUUCCGGUUACCCAGUUUGCAGGCACACGCUGAUGCCGCAAUGACUUCUGGUCUUGCGGCCCAAGCCCGUGAAGAUAUCAGCAAGGUGGCAACAAACAUUGAGGAAAUGAACUUCCGGUCAGAGCAAUAUCAAGAGAGGCUGGCCACCUACGACCAUAAAGGUUUCAUUCAGCCUAGAAUCGUGUUGGUUUCUUCCAAAGUGCCAAGAUGUAACUCCAUGAAAAGAGCAAUAAGAAAAGAGAACAACGUCCAGUUUAUAGUUUAUGAUUUCGACAAGUGGUCUUUCAAUGACAUUCUAGAUGCUGUGAGCGACAGAUUAAACUCAUACCAUAGAGGAUGCAAGGCUCAUUCUGUGCUGCUGUUGUGUCAGGGAGGAAAUGGUUACGCGUAUUUAUUGAAAAAUUUCGUUUUAACUCCACAAAAAGUGAAACGUGUGGACUACAAACCUUUGCGAGAAUUUUGGUUUGACCUUGGCGCACUAAUAAGCAAAAUAAAACCUGAGGAGGCGCUUAUUUAUAUUGUCGGUUGUGUUUCGGACGUCGACAAACAAGGGAGAGAUUUGCUGAAUGCUCUACGAAAACUGAUCUAUCCUCUCAGGGUACAAAUAGAGUCACCUCAAGAAGGCACGGAACAAGGCAAGGUGGCGCUGAAGCAGUAUUUCCACUACAGAAGGUUCCUCCUGUGGCGGUCGUUCAUGGACGGAAAUGAUCAGAACGCUGAGCUAGAUCCGCUCAGAAGUCGAAUCGACACGGAGAGAAUUAUGACGUGGGCCGAGCUGGCGGAAGACGCAGACUCAGACUGAGGCUCAUGUUAUAUAAAUUCAGGAAUUACUCAGUAUUACGGAUCCAGUCCACGCAUUUACAGUUAAAACGUGCUUAAGGAGGUCCGAUGUGUUACAAAGUCACGAGGUACAAGAGAAAGAUUCAGGGUGUACAUUUACAGUUUCAUGAACUGCAUAUACUAUGUAAAGCGAUUAAAUAUGUAAUUUUACAGUUUCAUGAACUGCGUGUGCUGUGUAAAAUGAUUAAAUGUGUAAUUUUACAGUUUCAUGAACUGCGUGUGCUGUGUAAAAUGGUUAAAUGUGUAAUUUCAGUUUCAUGAACUGCAAAGUAACUGAUUUAGACUAUUCAUUUACAGGCUUAUAACGUACACAGUCAAGGAUUUGGUAUAAAACUCGGCAGUUUAGUGAACACUUUACGAGUUUUGUAUAUAGUAUAUAAAUAUACAGUUUCAUUAUGCAAUGUGACGACUAGUUUUAAAAUCACAUUCAGUGCAAACAGUCUACUCUUAUUUGAAAUGAUUUGCUGUGCAAAUUGUCUACAUGAAGAGGACUGAUGUGUAGACUGUCUACUCUAUUUGAAGUGCGUUGCUAUGCUAGUUAUCUACUGUGAAGUGGUUUUCUGUGGUUAUAAAUAAUGUAAAUUGUGUAUCCACCCGAGUCAAUAACACGUUGUUGGAUAAUCAUGUUUUAUUUUGUGUUCAUUAAUAAACAUGCAUUAUUUAAAUGUAGUCAUAUUUGACGCCGAAAACUGCACGCAAUGUAUCUGCCGUGUUUUCAGUCUUAAACUAAAAAUUAAUAAGAAAAUUAUUUAGGUUUUGUAAAAAGUAUUUAUAGAAGACAUGACUCGCUGAGGUGUGUGUGUGUGUAUUGGGGGGGUGGGGGGUGGGGUGGUGGUGGGGGGUUUAGGACGUAGCCCAGUGAUAACGUACUAGACUGAGCGUGAUCGGUCUAGGAUCGAUCCCCGUCGGUGGGCCGGUUGGGCUAUUUUUUCGUCCCAGCAAGUACACUUCGACUGAUAUGUCAUCAAAGGCCGUGGUAUGUGCUAUCUUGUCUGUGGGAUGCUGCAUAUAAAAGAUCUCUUGCUACUAACGAAAAAAUGUAGGUGGUUUCC